GAGAGCAUGGUUGAGUGUUGGCAGUGGGAGGGGUGAAGAGGCACAGAUGCAGUCCUCUCUAUGUAACGUACUGGUUUAACUUGCUGAGCCUGGUUUCCCUCAGACGCUCGUUGUGUUGACACUGGAUGAGACCUGAGCUCUCAUGGACGCACUAAAAGUGUGAAAUAACCCAAACCAGGAGGAUUUUUUCUCUACAAUGUGAUGGAUCCUCCUGCCAGGCAAGAUGAAACACUCCAGACACAAGAGUCUGACCUGCCCCUGCCUUUGAUAGUGGAAGAAACUCACAUUUACAAGAACCUUGAACAGCUUCAGGAAAAGGAUGAAGCACUUUUGUGUGAGACCUCCUUCACUGAGGUCAUCUGCCUGCCUGAAACUCAGCCACAACCUGCGGGUCAGCUCUUGGCUCGAGGCACUGAUAUCACUGACCACCACAACACAAGUGAGCUUCCCCCACUCCGCAGGCCUCAGCCUAAACCCCGAACCAGGCCUCUGCCCUGGGUGGAAGAAGGCCAUGCAGCCCCCCCUGUGCCCCCUAGGACACGAGUACCUCUCAGCCACCUCAGAAAGCAGUUUUCCUGUGACCUCCCCGAGCCAGUUCCCAAACUCAACCGAUCCAGGACGGAAAUAGACACUAAUGAGCUCUGGACGAUCAAACUAAUAGACACUCCACAGGGCAGCACCAGGAGGCUUUCCUCUUUUUGUGAGGCAACUUCCAAGCUGAUGUCACGGCACAAACACACGGACAGCGUUCAUAACUCAGGCGUGUUGUGGGGUCGAGUGUUGCAGGUCCACCCUGCCCUGCUGCAGCAGUUGGAGGUGACGGUCAGCUUGGCCACAGAGUGGGGCAAUAACCAGAUCCCCUUCCCCACCACAGUGAACAGGACAGUGAAGAGUCUGAUCCAUGAAAUCUUCCAGCUGCUGGAACUCGAUCCUGCAACAAGUGGGCAUUAUGUUCUAAAACUGUGUGACUCCGAGGAGUAUCUGCAAAAUGAGGAGCUGCUGGGUAUGCACAACACUAUUCAGAUCUACUACAAGCUCAAACUAGAUGUCCCCCUGCGACUGCUCCACGUGAACACCCUCAAACACCGUCUCUCUAGGGAUGGGGCGGAUGACAUGAGCCCGUGUCAGCUGUACAAGUCCCUGCGUCCUGCCUGUCUCUUUGACACCUGCAGGUUGAGCCUGCAGGAUGUGCUCAGCAGCUACAACAGAGAGGUGACAGAGAUCAUAAAAAAUAAGUCUGGGAUCAACAUCAAUGUGCUUGUGGGUCGAGUUCGCACCAUCACAAGUCUUCUGUGUGGACUCUCAUGUGAGGAGCUGGAGGACAUCAUCAGCUGGCUCAACAGACUCAGCCCCACACAGUUGAGUCAUGAUGAGAUUGAAAGUGCGGUGCUCAUGCUGCGGGGGGCGCUGCUCAAAGUGCUGCAGUUCUUUUUUGACAACUUCCAGUCAGACUUCAGAGGUCAGGAGGUCGCCAGCAACCUGCAAACACGUGACGUCGAGGACAAUGGUGACAUCUUCCAGUUCAACAUCGCUGCUCUCUACAAACUGCAGCUCUCCUGGCUCAACACGUAUGAGCACUUCUCUGUUUCCUGUGAGUUGACGUACAGAGGAGUGAAGAUCUGCGACACUGGCGUUUCUGACAAUAUCAGUACAGCCCUGUCGUAUGGAAACAAGAUCCAGUGUAACCGCAUGAUGGUGUUCCCUGUUCCAGUGAAGCAGCUGCCCUAUGAGAGCAUGUUGACGUUUCACUUGAAAGGCUCGAAGAAAGGAAAGAACCCUGAGCUUCUCGGCUGGGCCAUAUUACCUCUUUACACCAGCAGGACUUUGGUAACAGGGACCGUCCUGCUCAGUCUGUCCACCUUGGCCUGGAUCCCUGCUCCUCCCUCCCCUGCCCUGUUCGACAGCCACACUCAACCUGUUGGGGUCAUACUGCAGCUUGAGUUUCCAAAUCACUUCAAAUGGACAUAUCAGAGGCCCAUCGCCCUGCCUGGUUCAGUCAUGUUCACUCAGCCGUGUGCGGAGCUGCAAAAGAAAAUGUUGGACGUCUCGAAGAAGCACUGCCUCUGUUUUCUAACAGAAAAUGAGAAAACCUUCCUCUGGGAGAAGCGACACUGUGGUGACAAAGAAAGCACUUUCCUCCACCUGAUGCUGGGGGGAGUUCUCCAGUGGAAGCCUGAAUACCUGACAGAGAUCUAUACUGUUGUAGAGAACUGGCCUAUUCAUCUACCUGAGGAGGCGCUGUUCCUGCUCAGUGACAGUUUUCAUGAUCAGACUGUGCGAAGAGCUGCGGUUCAUUACUUUGAUCAGAUAUCUGAUGGAGAACUGGAGGAGUUUCUGCCACAGCUGGUCCAGGCUCUGAAGAGUGAGUGGGAGUUGGAAGGACCUCUGGUGAUGUUGCUGUUGGAGAGAUCACUGAGGAACAUACGAAUCGCCCAGCAGCUCUACUGGCUGCUGGAGGAUGCUCACACUGACCCUUACUAUCAGAGUUGGUACAGUAAGAUUCAGGCAGCGCUGCUGCACUGCUGUGGUCGGACACUGAGGCAGGAGCUGGAGCAAGAAACGCACCUGGUGUCCGAGCUGGUGCAGGUGGCUGACAGGGUCCGCACUGCUGACAAGGCUCGACGUAAGACUGUGGUGAACACAGAAAAGGAGAAGAUUGGCAGCUUCUUCAAAGACGGGAUCACCUGUGGUCUGCCACUGGAUCCUGCCGUCCGUGUGAAGGCGGUGGACUUGGAUGCCUGUAAGUUUUACAACUCCAACGCUGCUCCUCUGGGGAUCACGUUCGUCUGCACCGACCCUCUGGCCAAGAAGGUCGGUGUCAUCUGCAAGACAGGAGACAACCUGCGUCAGGACAUGCUGGUGCUUCAGAUAGUCCGUGUGAUGGACAGGGUUUGGCUCCAGGAGGGACUGGACAUGCAAAUGAUCACCUACAGGUGUCUGUCCACAGGCACAGAUCAGGGUCUGGUGGAAGUGGUUCCAGAGGCAGUGACCCUGGGGAAGAUUCAUCAGGAGUCAGGUCUGGGUGGGACCCUACGGGAGGACACGCUGGAGAAGUGGUUCCACAUAUGGAACAAAACCAAGGAGGACUAUGAAAAGGCUGUGAUGAACUUCAUCCACUCGUGCGCAGGCUGGUGUGUGGCCACGUUCAUCCUGGGGAUCUGCGACCGCCACAACGACAACAUCAUGUUGAAACACAGCGGACACAUGUUCCACAUUGACUUUGGCAAAAUUAUGGGGAAUGCGCAGAAGUUUGGAGGCUUUAAAAGGGACCGCUCACCUUUCAUCUUUACAUCUGAGAUGCAGCACUUCAUCACAGGCGGGGGGCAGAAGCCUCAGCGCCUGCAUCGCUUCGUGGAGCUCUGCUGUGAAGCUUACAACAAAAUCAGACGGCGCUCGGCACUGAUACUCAGCCUGUUGGAGCUGAUGCUGCAUGCUGGUAUGCCAGAACUGAAGGAUUCUAAUGACCUGCAGUACGUCCAGAACAACCUCAGACCUCAUGACACCGACCUGGAGGCCACAUCCUACUUUACAAAGAAGAUCAAGGAGAGCAUGGGCUGUGUUGCAGUCAAGUUUAACUUCCUGACGCACAACAUGGCCCAAGGGAAGAAGCAAGAACCGCUAACCAGGGACAGCAUCCCCACUCCCAGCACCAACAUCCAAGAAGCUGUCAUCCAGGGAUUCAAGGUCAAGGAAAAAGAUGUGAUGUAUGACCUCAGAGUAACCAUUGAUGAUGGUUUUCUGACCAGUGAGAAGACAUUUGGGCAGUUUGAGCUGAUCCAUAAGCAGCUACAGAAAUACUUCAUUGAAUCCAUGCUGCCCCAGUUUCCGAGGUGGUCCUUCACCACUGCUGGGAAGAUGUCGCUGCUGAAUAAAUACCUGAAGCAGCUGUUUGAGGGACCAUGCAAGGGAAAUGAGUUCGUGUGCAGCUUGUUCCUGGACGGCCCUGGCAAAGUCCAAGAAAAUGUGGCGACAGGAGCAGGUCCACAGAUCCAGCUCUACAUUUCUUAUGUUAACUCUAAGCUCUCGGUUUUGGUAAAACACCUGAAGAACAUUAAAAAUGCGAACGGCUCUAACCCCGACGCCUACGUGGUUAUGCGCCUGAGACCAGACCCUCAGGAGCGCUCUAAGAGGAGGACAAAGGUGGUCCGCAAUAAUGACAACCCCACCUUCAAUGAACUGCUGGAGUACAGCUUUGUUCCACUGCUCUAUGGGAUGGUGCUGGAAGUUACGGUGAAGAGCAAGAAGACGUUCGUGGCUGCGACCAACAUUAGACUGGAGGACAACUUGCUUGACAAGAAAACAUGGUUUCCCCUCGGGAACUGUGCAGUCUGACAUGAGAGCACUGUGAGCCUGCUGCCAGCAGAGGGCGUAGCCACACUGAGGGAGAGGAUCCAGACUUGAUGAAGUGUGGGAGAUUCACCUGAGAGGAGGAAGUGUGCACUGACGUUUUUAACUAUUUAUCUGAUGCAACUGAACCUCACUGAACCCUGAGCUCAAUGCACUGGAAGACGUUACAAAUCCGAGUCACUAGACUCAGGGGGAGAGACUGUUUAUUGUGCAAAGCGUCGUUUACCGUCUCCACUUAUUUUUUUCAAUUAUUUUAAUACAUAUCUUUUCGAUUGUUUCGAAGCAGUCUUGGUGAUGUAUGAAGGAAACAAACUAUUUUAAUUAUUGUACGUGCACUUUCAUUUGUACAUUGUUUUUGUUCUUGUAAAUGUGCGUGUGCGAGACUCAUCAGUGCAGAUUGAGGGGGAGGGGAUGUUGUUGUUGUCAGUCGGUGCUGCCUGUCUGUUACCUGCUUGGACUGAACGUGUUGUUUGUCCCUUUAGGCUGUGACAACUGGGUGUCCUUGACCAGUGGAAUUGGUGAGAGGGGGUGAGGAGAGAGGGGUGAGGAGAGUGUGUGUGUGAGCAGGAUGACAACACUGCCUCUCUGGCCUGAGGGGUUGACUUAACACCCCCACCUCCCCUCUCUCUCUCCAUCCUUUGUCUUAUCCAUCAGUGCGUCCAGACACAGUUAUGCACAUGCAUGCACAAACAUGCAAAGGCAGAUGUUCACAUGCCUGUACAAAUACCCCCGAAAAAAAAGCACACACACACACACAUAUGGCCUCUUUCAAGGCUGAGGCAGGUCUAAAUGCCAUCCUCCUCCUGACAGGCCUGCUGACCCGCACUCUCCUCCUCCUCAUUCACAGUACUCAGUGAUGAACGCAGAUAGAAAUAGACUCCCCUGCACUGGAUUUGGCUCAAUAAUGUAAAAACCUCUGUGAAAGCUAUUUAUAUUAUUCCCUGUUGGCUCUCUCACAGUGAGAGCUGGCUGCUACUCGCUCAUCGGAAUGUUCAGCGUGAAUGUAUCCCGGUGUGACUCAUCACUUUCAGCCUCAAAGGGGGGGUAACUGAUUCUGGGGAACGGCACGUGCAUUGCGGUGCACCACUGCUUUCAACAAGUUGGCCAUCACAAACAUUAACCUUAUCUGAAGACAAAAAACACCCUCUGUGAUAAAACACAAGACACGUUCAAUGACCAGAAUCAGCUGCGUGUGUGUGUGUGUGUGUGUGUGUGUGUGUGUGUGUGUGUGUGUGUGUGUGUGUGU